AUGAGUGCAGAGAAGGUGUUCUACGGUCCCAUCGAGCCGGAGAGGCCGUCCCGCCGUGAGCGGGCGGCCAGUUCCCGGGUGUUCCUGGCGGGCGUGUUCGGGGUGGUCGCGGUCCUCACCGCCGCCGUGGUGCUGGCGAUGGUCCUGAACGACAUCAGCCAGCAGAUGGCACGGGAUCACGAGGAGAUCAUGGUCCUCAAGGCGAGCGCCCAGCGAGAUCACGAAGAGAUCGCGAUCCUCAAGGCGAGCGCCGAGCGAGAUCACGAGGAGAUCGCGGAUCUCAAGGUGACCGCCGAGAAGAGCCGACUGCAGAACGCGUUUCUGAUGGAAAGGGUCGCCGUGCUAGAGUCACAACUACCAGCAAGUCGUGAUGAACACCAAAUGCCUGAUACCGGUUCUGAGCAAAGCCUGGAGGCGGGAGACUCGGCGGGCGACGCCGUCGCUGCCAACGCCAAAGUGCCCAGCAACAACGGCACUUUCGGGGUCGAAAACAAGCGUUCAAGGAGGUCGGUGACCGACUGGGACGAGCUUCUGGCUGAACUUUCAGCCUUGCAAGAUGGACUUGACGACGCCCGUGGAUUCGAGACACGGGGGACGGGCAACUGCCCCCACUGUGUCACAUCCAUACAGCAGGACAGAUUUUACGUUGGACUCGAACAGUCUGAGCUUGGAGGAGCCGUUUACAUUCGAUGGGGAAGGAAGGACUGUGCUAAUGGAAGACUGAUCUACGAAGGGUUUGCAGCAGGCUCAAAGAGCGGAAGUGGCGGGAGCAGCUACGUAUGUCUGCCGGAGGAACCUCAGUGGGGAAAUUACAAAGAUGGAACCCAGAGUUACUCGGCUUACAUGUACGGCGGCGAGUACUACCUGUACUCCGAAGUCCCGUUCGGCUCCAAAACGCUUCACUACCAUAACGUCCCGUGUGCCGUCUGCCAUGCCCAGAACCAAGGUAGCAAGGUGAUGAUCCCCGGCCGUAACACCUGCUUCGGCGGCUGGCGUGAGGAGUACCACGGUUACCUCAUGUCAAGUUACCGCUCUUCCAAUGGGGGGCAAUUUGUUUGUAUGGAUGAGCAACCCCAGGCGGCGUUCGGCGGCCAUACCAGUCAGAACGGGGCGCUCUUCUACCCAGUGGAAGCCUACUGUGGGGCCCUGUUGUGUCCCCCCUACGUAAAUGGGAGGGAGCUCACUUGUGCGGUCUGCACCAAGUGAAACCGAGCUCUGUCUCCCCAGCAUUAA